UAGUGCUGGGCUCAUUUCGAAACUCUCGAUUCUCUUUACUAUGUAUAAAUGCCUUCGUCCUAAACCGAACCUGCAUCAGUCCAGUCCGUGAUCCUUGUGUGUGAAAAUGUUGUUUAUCCUCGUCCUGUUAGCCGCUGCCGCAGUUGCAGCGGUACAACCGGUCGCCGCAUUCUCAUCGGCAACCGGUUUCUACAUCGACAACGGUCUGAAUCAAACGGUUCGCGAGAAAACCGUAACCCUGCACGAUCGGCAGGAAAUUGAACACGAAAUUUUGGAACUGCUCGGUCUGCCGGAUCGGCCCAACGAAAAGCACAUUCAUCCGUCGCUGAGGAAAUCGGCACCGCAAUUUCUGCUGAACAUAUAUCAUAAGUUUUCGGAGGAGGGCGGUGGUGGUCGGGGGAAGACGCGGCAGAAAAGAAGUGGUGGUGGUGGUGUUGGUGAAGGUGGUUUCUACAGUCGGAGUCUAUUUACGAUCGCUGAUGAGCGAGCGAUCGAGGAAAGUGAUGUGAUCAUGUCGUUUCUGAACAAAGGACACCGAAAUAUGCCAAAGAUUCGGCAUCGACGGUACGGCGAACGGUUGUGGUUCGAUACUAGCGAGACCGGGCGGGACAGUGGGAUGGUCGUGUACGCGAGCUUGAGGAUCUAUAAGAACUCUACUGUCGAUCGGUGGAAUGCGAUCACCAGUGGGAGAUCGAUCACGGUACGGGCGUCGAUUAUUCGAGAGUACGAUCCCAAGCGGGGCGAGCAUACCAUGGAGUUUCUGGCUGAUCAGACCGUACAGCACAAUUACGAGGGUUGGCUGGAGAUUAAUGUGACGGAUGCGAUGGUUCGUUGGAUGGCCAACGGCAUCGGAAAUAAAGGUAUCUUCGUGGAUGCUCUGUACACCGAAAGUCCCCAGAAGAAUGUACGACCGCAGGAUCUGGGUCUUAUUCUGUCCAACAAGUUCGGUCGCUAUCAACCAUUUCUGGUGAGCUAUUGCAAAGCUAAAGAGCUGGUGAAACCGAUCACCCAUUCCGGUCGAUCGAAGCGGAGUGUGGUUAAGGUAGCGAAAAAGACGGUUCGGCCAAAGAACCCCUUCCUAGAGCGGUGGACCCAACGGGAGAAAAGUUGUCAAAUUCAUACGCUGUACGUUAGUUUUCGGGAUCUUCACUGGCAGGAUUGGAUCAUCGCACCGGAUGGGUUCGGAGCGUUCUUCUGCCAUGGUGAGUGCAGUUUUCCGCUGAAUGCACAGAUGAAUGCCACGAACCAUGCACUGAUUCAGAGCUUGGUCCACUCGAUCAGCCCGGGACGGGUUCCGAAACCAUGCUGUGCGCCGACAAAGCUGAAUCCUAUUUCGGUUCUGUAUCACAUCGACGAUGCGAAUAUUAAUUUGAAGAAGUAUAAGAAUAUGGUGGUGAAGAGUUGUGGGUGUAUGUGAGGUAGUGAUUGUAGUCAAUUGGA